UGUACUCUUUUCUAAUCAAAAACAUUUGAAGCUCAUUCGUAACUGCUCAUGGAAGGGCUCAGAGUUUUUAAUUUGAUUGCAAUAUUAUCAACUCUGCUAGUAAUUUCAGUGAAUGGGCAAAUUAGCACACCAUGCACAACCUCGAUGAUAAGUAGCUUCACCCCGUGCAUAAAUUUUAUAACUGGAAGCACCAACAAUGGCUCAUCACCAACUGGUAGUUGUUGCAGUUCAUUUAAGUCCCUCAUGAGCACUGGUAUGGACUGUGCUUGUCUAUUAAUAACAGCCAAUGUGCCUCUUCAACUACCGAUUAACCGUACUUUAGCAAUCACUCUCCCCCGUGCAUGUAAAAUGAGUGGGGUGCCAAUGCUGUGUAAAGCAUCUGGGACCCCUCUACCAGCACCAGGUCCCGUCUUGCUAGGGCCAACUCUUCCACCCACAGCCGCUUAUCCUUUAAGCCCACAAGCUUCCAAAGCAGUAGCACUUGCUCCAGCACCAGAAUCUGAAAUUACUCUGCCAUUAACACCAGCAUCCCCGCCAGAGCCAGUAGAAGCUCCCCCAGCAACUGCUGGGAUCCGACCAGUGGUAUCCCCCUCAGCAUCUAUGCCAUCCUAUGUUUCCGCACCAUCUUCCUUGCUAAUAUUUCUAGCAAUCAUGGUUUUCAAAUUCUAUUAAGCUACAACCUCUUCAUCCCUGUUUGUUUCCGUUUAUGUUGGUGUGCGAACUUAUUGAAUACAGCUCCAUGUCAUCUUGUCAGGAAAAAUAAAGAAGUACUUCACAUUUUCUCGUUGCUUUAA